CAGGUGUGCCCCAGCCGUGGCCCAGGUGUCUCACGUGUGCCCCAGGUGUGCCCCAGCCGUGUCCUAGGUGUCUCACGUGUGCUCCAGGUGUUCUCCAGGUGUGCCUCAUGUGUGCCCCAGGCGUGUCUCACGUGUGCCCCAGGUGUGUCUCAGGAGUGGCCCAGGUGCUCAGGUGUGUCUCAUGUGUGUUCCAGGUGUCUCUGGUGCUCCAGGUGUGCCCCAGCCAUGGCCCAGGUGUCUCACGUGUGCCCCAGGUGUGCUCCAGGUGUGCCCCAGCCAUGGCCCAGGUGUCUCACGUGUGCCCCAGGUGUGCUCCAGGUGUGCCCCAGCCGUGGCCCAGGUGUCUCACGUGUGCCCCAGGUGUGCCCCAGCCGUGGCCCAGGUGUCUCACGUGUGCCCCAGGUGUGUCUCAGGUGUAGCCCAGGUGCUCAGGUGUGCCCCAGCCGUGUUCCAGAUGGCUCAGUGGUGCCCCAGAUGUGCCUCUGCUGUGUCCUGGGUGUGUGGCCCAGGUAUCUCAGGUGUGGCUCAGGUAUGGCUCAGGUGUGUCCCUGGCUUCUAUGUUCUCAUUGCCUGCUUUGCUCUGUGUGGGCCUCAGCCUGGGGUCACCCCAGGGUCCUCUUCUCCCUGGUUCUUUCUUUCACCUUAGCAAAGCUGCUUCUCUGCAAGUCCCAGGCGAGAAGAAGAAAAGCAAUUUGGAGCUGGUGGUCUCGCCUUCAGAACCCCCUCCCCAGAAGCUGUUCUCCACAUUCCUGUUAUUGGCUGGUUUUCCUCUCACUUGCAUUUUUCUUAAAACUAGAAAUGGAGCAUCAUGGGGGAAACCAACCAGCCAUCGUCACACAGUGAGUUUUCUCUGCAGAAGUGGUCAGUUCCAGCGCAGCUGCUGGGGCCGGGCGGUGGACAGGUCAGCUCAGGAUGAAUCUCAUGCUCCUCCUGGGGGUUUGCCCUUCCUGGGGGAAAACGAAGCCAGGCCCCGAGCUGAAGGUCCGUCUAAUCCGCCUCGGAGCGGCUUAGGGGAUUGUCUGCACCUGCCGGUGACCCCAUGUGUCUCGGUGACCCUGACUGGGAUUUAGCCAGUGCUGCGUCAGCCCUGGGUGGCAGGGGCUUCCCAGCAGGUGGCCAGCAUCCUCGCCUCAGAGGACAUCUCCCUCGUCCUGGGAGGGCAGGAACGGGCCACAGGCCAAGGACAGAGGGUCAGUCCUCAGCUGAUGACUCCUUGUGCUUGAAGUGGGCGGGAGGUCAGCGCCAGGAUGGAUUUCGGAGCCUUGGAGACGGUGGUGGCCAACUCUGCCUUCAUCGCCGCCCGGGGCAGUUUCGAUGGCAGCAUCGCCCCAUCCUCCCGGGACAAGAAGUACCUGGCCAAGCUCAAGCUGCCCCCGCUGUCCAAGUGCGAGGGUCUCCGGGCUGGCCUCAGCCUGGAGUUCGACAGCCUGUGCUCGGAGCAGCCCAUCGGCAAGCGGCUCUUCCAGCAGUUCCUGGGGACGGACCAGAGGCACGUGCCGGCCCUGGAGCUCUGGAAGGACAUCGAGGACUACGACACGGCCGACGACGACCUGCGGCCACAGAAGGCCCGGGCCAUCCUGGCCGAGUACCUGGACCCCCAGGCCAAGCUCUUCUGCAGCUUCCUGGAUGAGGGGACGGUGGCCAGGGUGAAGGAGGGGCCCGUGGCCAGCCAGGACGGCCUCUUCCAGCCGCUGCUGCAGGCCACCCUGGCACACCUGAGCCAGGCCCCCUUCCAGGAGUACCUGGACAGCCUGUACUUCCUGCGCUUCCUGCAGUGGAAGUGGCUGGAGGCCCAGCCCAUCGGGGAGGACUGGUUCCUGGACUUCAGGGUCCUGGGGAAAGGGGGCUUUGGGGAGGUGUCGGCCUGCCAGAUGAAGGCCACCGGCAAGAUGUACGCCUGCAAGAAGCUGAACAAGAAGCGGCUGAAGAAGAGGAAGGGCUACCAGGGUGCCAUGGUGGAGAAGAAGAUUCUAGCAAAAGUGCACAGCCGGUUCAUCGUGUCCUUGGCCUACGCGUUUGAAACCAGGACGGACUUGUGCCUGGUGAUGACCAUCAUGAACGGCGGCGACGUGAGGUACCACAUCUACAACGUGGACGAGGAGAACCCCGGCUUCCCCGAGCCGCGCGCCAUCUUCUACACGGCCCAGAUCAUCAGCGGCCUGGAGCACCUGCACCAGCGGCGCAUCGUCUACCGCGACCUCAAGCCCGAGAACGUGCUGCUGGACAACGACGGCAAUAUCCGGAUUUCUGACCUUGGGCUGGCCGUGGAGCUGAAGGAGGGGCAGACCAAGACCAAGGGCUACGCAGGGACCCCAGGGUUCAUGGCCCCCGAGCUGCUGCGCAGUGAGGAGUACGACUUCUCCGUGGACUACUUCGCCUUGGGGGUGACACUGUACGAGAUGAUUGCUGCCAGAGGACCCUUCCGGGCGCGAGGAGAGAAGGUGGAGAACAAAGAGCUCAAGCAGCGCAUCCUGUCGGAGCCCGUCUCGUACCCCGAGAAGUUCAGCGCAGCCAGCAAGGACUUCUGCGAGGCACUGCUGGAGAAGGACCCCGAGAAGCGCCUGGGCUUCAGCGACGGCUCCUGCGACCGGCUCCGCACCCAGCCCCUCUUCAAAGACAUCAACUGGAGGCAGCUCGAGGCUGGGAUGCUGAUCCCGCCUUUCAUCCCGGACUCCAGGACGGUCUACGCCAAGAACAUCCAGGACGUUGGUGCCUUUUCCACCGUCAGAGGUGUGGUCUUUGACAAGACAGACACAGAAUUCUUUCAGGAGUUUGCCACCGGCAACUGCCCCAUUCCCUGGCAGGAGGAGAUGAUCGAGACGGGCAUCUUUGGGGACCUGAAUGUGUGGCGUGCCGAUGGGCAGAUGCCGGAUGACAUGAAGGGGAUCGCCGCGGAGGAGGCAGCUCCCGCCUCCAAAUCGGGGAUGUGUCUGGUCUCCUAGACCGCUCCCCAGAGCCACGUGCACAGAGGAAGGGCCAUUCAUCGGGCAGUGAGAAGGGACUGAGCCGCCCUGGGACACGAGUGGGGUCCAGCCGUGCAUGGGCAGUGGCGCCUCUGCCCAGGGCCUCUUGAGCUGCCUCCCCCAGAGGCACAAGGAAGAGAAAGCCCAGGCUGGCGUGGAGCAGCCGGACCCUGCCCUGGGGCUGCAGCGACGGCUUUGGCCCCAUUUCACCUUGUAAAGACUCAGACAUGGGGGUGCUGGGUCCUGGGGGAGAGAAAACACAGGGAGGGAAAACACAGCUGGGAUUCACUGCUGCCCACCCCACAUUCAGAGACAGCCGUGGUGAGCGCCUGUCCUCACAUAGCUGUGCCCUGUGUAUGCGCGACUGUGUCCCCACACAGCUGUGCCGUGUAUGAGUGACUGUCCUCACACAGCUGUGCCACGUGUAGUGACUGUCCCCACACAGCCAUGCCCUGUGUAUGAGCGACUGUGUCCCCACACAGCUGUGCCGUGUAUGAGUGACUGUCCUCACACAGCUGUGCCACGUGUAGUGACUGUCCCCACACAGCCAUGCCCUGUGUAUGAGCGACUGUGUCCCCACACAGCUGUGCCGUGUAUGAGUGACUGUCCUCACACAGCUGUGCCACGUGUCGUGACUGUCCCCACACAGCCAUGCCCUGUGUAUGAGCGACUGUGUCCCCACACAGCCAUGCCCUGUGUAUGAGCUACUGUGUCCCCACACAGCUGUGCCGUGUAUGAGUGACUGUCCUCACGCAGCUGUGCCAUGUGUAGUGACUGUCCUCACACAGCCGUAAUCUGUGUGGUGAGCGACUGUCCUCACACAACCAUGCCGUGUGUGUGAACAACUGUGUCCCCACACAGCCAUGUCCCAUGUAUGAAUGACUGUGUCCUCACACAGCCAUGUCCCGUGUAUGACUGACUGUGUCCUCACACAGUUGUGCCAUGUGUGUGACUAUCUCCUCACACAGAUGUGCCCUGUGUAUGAGUGACUGUUCUCACACAGCCGUGCCCUGUGUGAGUGACUGUGUCCUCACACAGCUGUGCCGUGUGUGAACAACUGUGUCCUCACACAGCCAUGUCCCGUGUAUGACCGACUGUGUCCUCACACAGUUGUGCCAUGUGUGUGACUAUCUCCUCACACAGAUGUGCCCUGUGUAUGAGCGACUGUGUCCUCACACAGCUGUGUGCUGUGUAUGAGCAACUGUGUCCUCACACAGCCAUGUCCCAUGUAUGAGCAACUGUGUCCUCACACAGUUGUGCCAUGUGUGUGACUGUGUCCUCACACAGCCGUGCCCUGUGUAGUGAGUGACUGUGUCCUCACACAGUUGUGCCCUGUGUAUGAGUGACUGUUCUCACACAGCUGAUGCUAUGUAGGAUGGACUUCUGUGUCUUCAGACAGCUGAUGCCACAUGUGAUGGGUACCCAUGUCUUUUAAUUAAUUUAUUUACUUUGAUAGAGUUAUAG